ACUGCAAAUAGACUGUGCAAUAUUUUGAAAACAAAUUUAGUACUUUGAUAGCAGUUGAUAUAUGCAUAUCAAAAAUGGCGAAUUAUUACUAUAUGAUUACAUUUCUUCCUCUAGCAGUCGCUUCUACAGAGUUUGCACAUCAGGAAAAUUCACCAUGUGUGUUUUCGUUCAUGGAAAAUGUGUUGGAGAAAAUGUUCAAGAUGAGAGCAAGAAUGGACGAGAUGGAACAAAAGAUUGCCGAAGUGGAGUCGCGCCAGGCUAACAACACCAAUGUAAAGACCCCUGUUGUUGCAUUCAGAAUUAUGCUAAACAAAACCCUCGAAAGUGUGUCCUCGGGUACGAUGGUGAAAUUUAAUUUGGUGGAUUUUAACAUUGGAAACACUUACAAUGAUGGAAUAUUUACGGCGCCGUACAGUGGAACAUACCUGCUUUCAACCACACUAGGAAAUCCAAUGCAAAUCCCGGGCAAUUUUUUUAUGAAGAAAAAUGGCGUUGGAAUAGAGUAUAAUAUUGCUGGACAUACGGCUGGAUUUAAUGUCGGUGGUGUAACAACGGUUGCAAAGCUUUUAGCCGGUGACAGAGUGUGGGUAGAAGGAAGUGGCCGUAUAACCGGACCGUACGAUAUACCUGGAUACUACACCAGCUUCUCUGGUUUUCUGAUCAGUACAAUCUGAAAGAAACAUAUCAUCAAAAUUGCAAAUGAAGUAUAAAAACACUAUCAGUUUCUGUUUUCUAAAGAUAGGACUCUGAUACAUUUUAUUGUUGAUGUACGUGUAUAUAUAUAGAUAUGGUACCUACUAUUAUUUACUUGGGCUUAUUUCACUUUACACUUGCUUUUCGUCUUCAUUAUAUGUCAAAAUAUUAACGAUGAUAUGAAUGUUAACUGUGAGGUACCUUUUUGUUUCACUAAAAUUUGAAUGAUGA